AGACAGCAUUAUUUGUUUAAAGUGUUUUGUUCACUAAAGACAACCCUAGACUUCACCAUGAGAUUUUUCCUCCUUUUGACUUUAUUGGCAGUCGGCAUUUUCCUCACAAGUGCUAUCCAACCACUUGGAAAAGGCUACAACAGUCACUGCAUGUGUUUGAAGCUGGAGUCCAGGGUGAUCCCACAACACAACCUGCGCAGUGUCGAAAUCUUUCCUAGAGGCUCUCACUGCAAGAAUACAGAGGUCAUUGCUGGCUUGGUGAGUGGAGAAAAGAUUUGCCUGAAUCCUCAGACUAUGUGGGUUAAGAAACUUAUCCGCUUCAUUGAGAAGAAAGAGAGAGUGAUAAAGACUGCAUAAAGAACAGCAAAAAAUGAAGUUCAUCAUUGAUGUUCAUCAAAGGGAGAUAAUAUGUAUAUAUCAAUGUAUGCAUAUAUCCAGAGCAAUCUGUGAAAAUGUAUAUUAUCUGGUCUCUUACUACUAGACUAUGAUUUCAUCAGCAACUUAAAUUAUUAACUUAAUGCAGUAUUUAUUUCUAAGAAUGUCAAAAAUUAUGGUCUUACAAUUAAUAUGUGUUCUUAUAAUCUCUUCACACCACACAUCUACCUCCAGUUUCACUAUGCUUGUUAUUAAUAGCUGUAAGGCAGUUCAUUACCAUCAGACCAUUCACACAAAUCACUUAGGUUAGUUUUAAACUGAUCUGUAAAAAGAGCUGAUUAAAACAACUGAUUAAUAUAUUAUUUAUGUACAGAACCUAGUCACUAAGUUAAACAUAGACAAAACAUUUAAAUGUCUGUAACCUUUACCAAUGAGUAACCUGCUAUAAGAAAAUACAAGAGUUUUCAACUAAAAUUUGAAUAUUCAAACGACUGUAUUGUCAGAAUCACAUUCUCUUUUGCAAUCCUCAUUUCAUAUUCAUUGAAUCUAUGUAGAAUUGUGCAUAAAAAUAAAUAUAGUUAAAUUAGAAGUUUGACUGCUUUUUGAUUAUAUGGAAAUAUAAUCUGGAAAUAAUAUGGAAUAAAAAUAAUAAGAGCCAUUAAUGUGAUUGAAAGAUCACCUAAACAGUGCUCUACAUACCCUGGGUAGGACAAGUGGUCCAGUCAGAACUCAGUCUUAACCAUUGAGGUACCACUGCUAAAAAUAUUUCCCCUCAUUGUGAGCAGAGUUUGAAGCUGUGCAAGGAGAUACUACUAUCUUAUAUUUAGAUAUCCUAAUAUUAUAUCUAGAUAUUUAUUCCAAGAAUGUAACCACUUGUUUUCCAAGAAACUUCCAUAAAAAGCAGAACACAAUGCACCAUAAAGAAUUAUGAUUAACAAUUAAGGGUCUUUUUCUAGGGUCCAAAGGUAGCUCUAUGCUAUUAGGACAUGAUUUCAAGAAUUGUGGUUACCAGAACAGAAACGUAACUUCUGAAAUUUCAACCACCUUCCUGACAUGCUAAAGCAAUGAUAAAAAUGCUCAGAUAGGGUAAAUGUAGAAAAAAAAGUGUAGAUGUUCUGGAAAUCCAUCCAACAAAAGAGGGUGAGUUUCUUUGAACAUGCACAUUUAAUCCUACUUUAAGAAUGAACAGAAUUAAGACAAGACAAAGGGUGGGAAAUGUAUUUUACUUAUUUGAAACUGUUCAGGCCAACAAUUUGCAGUGAGUAAUGCCUUUUCUAUAAUACUUGUUAUUUAAUUGUAACAGAUAUUAGAAGGGGAGCUGCACAAGAUGUAUAGCUGUAUUCAAAGGCAUACAACAUCACUCAUUACUUUGCAAAAAAAAAAAUCUAGCACUGUGAUUAGUGUGAUUGUUUUCUCUGUUCUCAAUUACUGUUGUCUUUUUA